AUGUCACCUCAGGAACUUGCUGUAUGGCUCUGCAGAGAAGGGGACCACCAUCUCGCCCAGCAGGAGUUACCAAUAGCCACUGCGUUCUACACGGCUGCCUUCAGCUGCAGUGCCCCCACAGCAGUACAGAAAGUGAACUCCUUAGACAAAGGGCUCUGGGAGAAGGUGAUAGCCACCCUGGAGAUGUGGUGCAAAGGCAAGAAUCAGAUUCCCAAGAUCCACAGCAAGAACUUGGCCGUUGUCUCCCUCAGUGUGGGAACAGCUGCCAUCUUUCUGUCCACCCUCAGUCCUGACAAUGUGGUAUCCUCAGUAUAUAAACUGGAGACCCUGCUCAGGCAAGGAUGCUCAGAGGAGGUGGUGAGUAAAUGCAAUACCCUGCUCAAGGCUAACCCAAAAUAUUCAAUGGAACUGCUGUUGCUGAGGGCGUUGGCCUGGGUGCUCUCAGGGACACAAGUUAGGAAGGGAGUUGCAGACUAUAUCCAAGCCUUUGUGAUGGAUCGGGCUGAGGCCGUGGCCUAUGUGUGUACGAGGCAAAGGGAACACCUGCCACAGGUCAUCCAGGCCUUCUCUAAUUAUCUCUCAACAUAUCAGAAAGAAAGCCCAGACUGCAAUUCCUUGGACCAGUGGCUGGGCAACUGCUAUGACUUCCUGUCUGCAGUGGCACCGAAUGAUAUCUGGGUUUGCAGGGUGCAGGCAGCUUACCUCUUUAAGAAACGCAAAUUUGAGGACUGUGUGGCAUUUUGUAGCAAGGCCCUCGAGGGCUUCUCAGCUGAUAAUAAUCUCAGAGAUGAGAAAGCUUUGGGUCUGCUCUUGGAACGGGCUGCCGCGUAUUUCUUCUUGGGUGGACGGAUGCAGGAAAUGAUGCAGGAUUUAACAGAAGCCUUUGCAGCAACCCCUGCCCAGGCAAUGAAACACUUUGAAGAGCUUUUCUCACCACAUGACACUGAGAAGAUAGAAGAACAGGCUAGAACUGUCCUGGAGGUGAAGUUUGCAGCGUACAGGGAGGCUGUGCGUACUCGGGCUGAACUCAGAGGCAAUCAUGGUGCUGAACUGCUCCCUUCUGUCAUCCAGACAGUCCAGUUCCUCCUUCAGAUCUCCCCAGGGUCCAAACGUGAGCUCAGCGUUCGGCUAGCAGACUGCCAUCUCCUGCAUGGACACAUCAGAACUGCCCUGGACAUCUGUGACCACCUCUUGGCAGCAGAGCAGAAAACUUACUACAAUACUCUCUUAGCAUUGCGAGGUUUCUGCUCCCUCCAUGCUCAUGAGCAUCAGCAAGCCCUGCAGGACUUUCAAAGGGUCAUUGAGCAUGAUUCCCCACAUCCUAACAGCUGUAUUAAAGCCUUAUGUGGGCGUGGGCUUAUCCGGAUUUCUGGUGGCAGCCGUUACUUGACAGCCCUGGAUUAUAUCACAGCUUGCCAGUUAAAAGUGGAAGAAACCAUCUUCACAGUCAAGUCCUAUGUGCCGUGGAACCAAAGAGGACUGCUGGUAAAGGUUCUCCAAGAAGAAGGACAGAAGAUGCUCCAGAAGAAGAGAGAUGCCCCUGGGGUCUACCAGCUGGCUUCUCUCUUGGUGGAGCUGGAUGCUUCUGAUGAAGCAUCACAGAUCCUUUGUGCUGAUGCCAUGUACCAGACGGGCUGCGUAGAAGAAGCUCACAAGCUCCUCUUACUAGCACUCUCCAGAAAUCCACAAAGUUCUCCCAUCCUGGCUAGACUCGCACUGCUGCAAUUGAAGAAAGGUUUCACAUAUGACGGCAACCAGCUGCUAAAGAAAGUGAUCAGAAUUGGAGAUACCUCCUGUCUCCUGCCAAUCAUGGACAUUUUCAAAGAUGAAGACAGGAAGUUGAUGCAAACUCACUGCCAUUUCAGAGCGCUGACCAUCUUGAAGGACAAGCAGGAGGAUGCUGACAUCAAAGAGGCCAUUGCCUACCUUUCCUUUGCCAUCAUUGCUGCAGGUGGUUAUGCUGAAGAUUGCCUUCUCACCAGAGCUCGAUGUUAUGGGCGCCUUGGUCAGAAGAAAACUGCUAUUUUUGAUUUUAAUGCCAUCCUAAAAGAGGACCCUAGGAACGUGCAAGCUCUGAGUGGACGAGGAUUCAUCUACCUUGCUCUGAAGCAGCAGAAGGAGGCAGUGCAAGAUUUGAUCUCGGCACUGAAGGUGGAGGCAGGAGUAGUGAUCCCAGCAAUCCUGUCUUUAAAGCACGAAGCCCAAGGGUUGAUCACUCAAUGGCUCCUUCAGCAUGGCAGGACUGCGUUAACUGAGCUUGUUGCUACUAAAGACUUUUCAAAAGAAGAAACCCUCAGGGAUCUUCUUGUGAUUGCAAAAGCACUAAUUAAAAUUUGCAAGGAUGCACAACAUCACAUCUUCUACACAGAUGUUUUGAUAGCAAAUGGAAUGUAUGAAGAGGCCCUUGAUCACCUUCAGGAAGCAUUUGGCCACUUUCUUGCUGAUGACUUUGCUAGUGCAAGACUAGCUCUGCUGCAGCUGAAGAGGAGGAACAUGGCAGCGGCAGCUCACUCGUUCAGCAUCCUAGCUAAGAGAGAUGAAAGGGAGCUGGGGUUUCUCCUGAACUUCGUAGACGCUAAGCAACAGCAGCACCUCACUCAGGUAGCAGCCCAGGAAGGAAAUGUGCUGAUUAAAGGAUAUCGCUAUGAGAAGGCUCUUGGUUAUUAUACCCUGGCUGUCUUGACAAGCAAAGAUAAUCCAAGGUAUCUCAGACAGAGGGCUGCUUGCCUUAGGCACCUGAAAAAAUACGACAAAGCUUUAAAAGACAUGGAGAAAGUGAUCCAGAAGCACGGCUGUAACAGCCUUAAAACACGUGUUGAGGACCACUGCUCGAAAGGACACCUGCUGUUGUCAAUGGCUGAGGAAGAAGCAGCAGUUAAGCAGUAUAUUGAGGCACUGCAGUUGGAUGAAUCUAUGGCAUUAUGCAGCAUCAUGAAUGGCCCUGGCAGUGAAAUUUUAACCAAAACAUUUCAUAAGAUUGCACAACGUAAUUUCGAAAUGCAGCUUUAUGAAGAGGCCUGGAAAAUUACAGAUUACGGUCUUAAAAUUGAUAAAAAUACAGAACUUAAAAAGCUGAAAACAAGACUUAAACGAGAGGCAUCAAACUGUAGCAUACAUUAA